GCACUCACUCAGUCAGUCUCACACACAACACAAAGUUUGGAGGGCAGGCGAGGGCUGGUGGGAUACCGAUAGGAAGCGCAGAGGAAGAGGAAUAUCAAGCAUAAGCGAGAAUGAGAAACAACGUGGGAACUUGGGGGAGUUGGUUGAAGAGAAAGUGAAAUGCGCAUGGGCUAAUCAACAACGCCGGAGCGAGAGACUUUCAAUGGAAGUGAGUGAACCAGUAAAGCUGUGAGCGGAGUCAAAAGCGCAGAUUUGAGCAAAGGGGGGCUUUCGUGUGAUUCCUAUGACCGUGCUCGUAAAUCUGGAAAGUGCUGGCACACCGGGGGACUACACGAGCUCUCUGAAUAUGAAAGAGAAGAGUUUACACAAACUCCGAGAGAACAGUUAGGGGAUAUGAGCGCUCAUUCCUGGAUUUCGUUGCGAUAUUUUCCUCUCUCGAGUUCAGUUUUGCGUCUUUGGGGAUGUUUGCGAGUUGCAUCUGUGUGGCUUCAGCUCGGAUACUGACCCGGCUCUGCGCCCUGGUGCUGGUGGUCGCUGUUGGACUCGGUUCAGAGCUGCGGGUCCGGGUCCGGCUUUCGGACGGGCUGGUGACCGAGGAGGUGUUGGAGGCGGACAGUGAGAGGGACUCCAUAUCGCUCGAAUUCAAGCAGGGAGAUGGGACACUUAUCACUUUUGUGGCGGACUUCAAACAGGUGAGAGGUGGUGCUGUUUACUGCUUAAACUAAACGGUGGAGCCUUCAGGGGACAUUGUUCCCCACUUAGUCUGUCACUUUGACUAUAAAGAAGUGGAACAUACAGUUAGGAAGGCUCACAUAACUGUUUAAUGGUGAACUCUGCCUAAAUAAUAGGGCUGGGACAAUGUGCUUCUACGAUUUUUUGAUGCCGAUUCGAUUUAAAUUGCGAUUCUCCGAUAUUGUCGAUUUUAAGUCUGCAUCUUUAACACCAGGGGAACAGUUGAAUGAUUAUGAUUGUCUAAUGACUAUUUCAGGAACCAUAUUUCCCCCAACAAAUACACAUCACGUGUAAGUCAGUUUUUAAGAUUUAUUCUUAAAUUUAAAAAAAUAGUUUUUUGAAUAUUAAAAUUGAUUUAAAUAUUGAAAAAACAAAAAUUGCAAUACUUAUGCGAAUCAAUUUGUACCAAAUGAAGUUGUCCACUACAGCAAGACAGGGGGCCUAUUUGUGCUCCCCGAGGGAUCCCCAAUUAACCAUACCAUUUACUGUAUGUCCAAAAGUCUUUAAGUUAAUAUAAAAAGAAUAUCUGGGGUGUAGGUUGACAUGUAAAGGCAUCCUCUGUGCCAAAAUCCUCAUGACCUCGUUUCAAUCUUACCUCUAGACCUCCUGGAGCUCUCUCACGGACUGCUCAUGGUCCCCUGUCUUCACUUUGGGAACCUUAAUUUGAUUUAAAUUGACAACUGUUUUCCCUACACAGGGAUGCCUGGGCCUAAACACAUUAAAAAGGGUGUGUGAGUGAUUCACAUGACCUAAAUCCCUUGUUCUAAUAUAUGACCAAAUCAUGUUGUGUAAAACACUUUUCCCUUAUAGAUUCCUCCACAUUAUCACCCCUUAUAGAGAGAGAGAUCAACUCUAAAUCUUCUGUGGAGUUUGUCAAGAGUGAAAUGAAUACAGUGGUUUGCUGGCUCAUGCUACACGGUCGCCUCUGAUCAAAGAUGCAUGCUCAUCCAAAGCAUCCAAAAAGCCAAGAACUCUCAAAGCAGUUACUGUAACUCUCUCGUGAACUUAAGUAGAGCUCUUCAUUGAUCUUUUUCCAUCUCAGUGUGAGUUUCAGUGAGGUUAAGACAGCUGCAGCUCUUCAGAUGUGGAUGUCCAUAGACCCCAGUGGCCCUACUGCUCUUAGGGCCAGAGCUGAUCAUUAGCCGCCAUAUUUAGCAUUCUUCUAAAAGUAGACAAGCAGAUCGAGUGUCCCUCUCCAUGGUCAGUGCUUCAUCCAUACUUUUUCGGAAAGUUGACACUGUUUCACUUUUGACAAUGACUGCUCAGAGACACAUAAAUGUCAGAGCUGGAAGAAAAACCACAACUGUUAUGUGUAGAGUUGGUGGGUGUGGGUCGUGGUGGUGGUGGGGGCGCAGAGAGGCGCACAGAGCAAAGGCAUGUGUCUGUGAUGGUUGCUGUCACACAGAAGCUGACAGGCUGGCGAGAUGAGAAGGGGGAGAUUUACCAGGAUUAAGUGGGCAUGUCUGACCUUUUUGAUCUGCACGUCUGGUUCACUAACCAAAACAGCUAAUUUCAAGUUGAAAGAGAAGAGGCCGUCACCCCCAAUCAUUGGUGACAAACUGAUAUAAAGAGAUGUACACUGAUCUGUGAGAAGGCAGUCUGCCCUCUGCUCGGUGGUGCUGGAGCCUUUAUGUUGCUGCGUCCCCUCCUGCAUGCACAUAUGGUUCUGUUUAUUUGAAUAAAGCCAGCAGAACCUCUUAGAUCACUUAACUUUUCCGCUGCCUGAUUUAUCUCUUCAGUUGUAGGUCAGCCUCUCUGCCCCCCCCCCCUCUCUUUCUUUUUUCUCCCUCUCCUUCUCUGUCAGUCCCUUCUGCUCUCCUCUCAUUUCUUCUGCAUGUGGUUUUCAUUCAGCUCUUGUGCACUAUCUCCAAGAUUUAUGGAAAGUUGGAUGAGGUGUCACUUCCAGCUGCCAUGAAUAUACAGUCCAGCACGUGGGAAGUGGAGCGUUAUAACAGGGAUGUUAAACACCAGAGAUUUGUAAUUAAAAACACAGCCAAUGGCAGAUAGGUGCUGUGAAAGUCAAAGUAAAAUGUAGAAGGAUUAAUCACAGUCAGCCAUCAUAAGUCUGAAUAUUUUUGAUCCACUUACAUGCUUGAUUCCUCAGGGAUUGAGGUCUGUCAAAGCAGGAUAGUUAAAAAAGAGCUCUGUUAGUAAUCACCAGACUUUUUUCUUCUGCUUUGUGACUACGUGGCAAAGAUGUGAUGGCAAAUGUUAUAGCCAUCAGACACUAGCUGAGCAAGAAGGAAGUUUAGUCAACCUUAUACAGGACAUGAAUCACUGAGAAUCUGCUGUGAUUUCAGGAGGGUAAGGAUUGCUCUUCAGACAUAUGGAAAAUAUGAUGUGGUCUAACUCACCCCUCACACCUCUGUGUCAUGUCGAGUAAAUCUCAACAUGUAGAUAACAUUGCCUAUUAAGUUUUAACCUCAGCCGAAAUGUUCUGGUGUCAUUUUUAUGAAAGAGGCACAUCAUGGAAGAGAGUUUAUCACCCUCUGGUUAUUCUGUAAUUUCAUUUUUACAUUGCUUAACUGGCUUUUUGCAAGGUAGGAUAGGGGAUUUCUGGAACAAAAUCUCAAUAUUUCAUCCUAUCUGGUUUUACAGUGAUGUAUUUACAGCUCAAUCACCUCGAAAAUAUGUAAAAUUGCUCCAAUAUGUUGGCAGUUCCAUGUUAUCCUGAUGACAGCAUGCAAUUUUGCAACAUAAGAUCAACCUGAUGUGCUGUACAGCAUGUAGGAGACCACUCUUAAAUCAUGUGGGGGUUAACUUUCUGUACAAAUCUUUUUUUUUUCCUCCACUUUUGCAACAAUUUAUAGUGCAACACAGUCUGAGACCUUGAGCUAAACAUAAACCAUGUCAUGGAGUUUAAUCCGAGGGAAAUGUCUCACAUAUUUUGAAAGGCUAUUUUGGACUUCAUCCAGAUGCGUUAAGUUUGUAGGAAAGGGAAGAGUAGAGAAGCUCAUCAGUUUGUGCUCACUGUGUCCUGCUUUAAUGUCAAACUAGUGGGUUUGAUCACUGCAGGAAUGCGCGCCACCGUUGGCCUCUCAGAUGAGCACUGGAGGAGGGUUGUAGUCUCACAUGCGAUUGUGCAUGUUUUUGGUUCUCUUCCGACUUGGGCUUCAUAAACCUUGAACCUUGAUCUCCAAUUUAAACCUACAACCCCUUAAUACUGGUGCAAAACGAAGCACAAGUUUGGAUAAGGGCAGUAAAAGCGGACAUUUUCCAAGCUUGACUAUCAUUACCCUCUAUGCUUGCAUCAUACUGACGUUACUUUUAAUUGUCACAUGAUAAUUGGACGGAAACCAGGGGAUUUUUUGGGAAGGUACUCAAGGGCCUGAGUCACUGACAGUGUUUUUUUUGUUGUUGUUUUGGCAGUGCCCACAGCUUCAGAGUGCCUACUCAUGCUGUUUGAGAAGUUUACACAAGGCACACCCACUUCCCUGACCGUUAGGUCUGUUUUUAAUUGUUUUAUGCGCAAGGAAGUUAAUAAUUACAAAUGUAUGUAAGGAGAUUUUACAAAUGAAACACCAAAACAGUGUCUUUGCAAGAGCAGAUUAUACCCUUGAAACAGUAAAUCUAAAUAGUCUCUCAUCAGUCAUCCGUAGAUUUUGACUGAUCAAGGGAGAAGUGACACUUAUGACUCUGGGUUAGGUUGAUGUUUAAACAAAUAAACAACCUCAUUCUCUGUAGUCGUCAUUGGAAUUACUAGUCUUAUGUUGUGCCUAAGCAGUAACACAGCCUUGCCACUAGCCGAGCUGUGGCUCUGAAUGAUAGCGACUGCUUCUUACCCUUUGACAACAAGAACAUGAGUCGCUUAGGAGCAUCCCUGAUGAGCAUGGUGGUGGUCCACAAGGUUGGAAAUUUUUCCGUGGAGGGACUGUGAGGGCUCAGACAGAAACAGCUGGUAUGAGAGUGCUUGUGCACUUAAGAUGCUUGAAAGUUGACUUCACUGAUUACAUAUCUUCUAGCACAAUGAAGGUUGUUAAUGGACACAGGCCCUAACUAUGUCAUCAGAUUGGAGUGUUGACUGAUUUACUGUCACAUUGGACGCCCAUACUAACACUGGCACUGGUAUUGUUACAGGCAUAUUUAUCACUGGAGCUAAGACUGAACGUUUUUGAAAAGCAUGGAUGGAUCAAGACAUUAAACUUUGUUGCUCAGCAUUUUUCUGGGUCAGAAAGCCGAAAUUUGUCAGGGUAUGAAGAGACAGCAUGUGAGACCCCUUUCUGAGCAAAUAGGCCAAGGGAGCAACAGAUGUUCUUGGCCACUUGACACUCACUGCUUUACACUAGUAUGUUAAAUGGGUCUGCACUUUGUAAACAAUAGCACUGUGAUGAUAAAGAGCAUGUCAGCUGUUUUUAAUUGACAGAUCUUUAUUUCGUUUUGGCUCUAUUACAGAGGCUUGUCUUUCAUCCGGGGUAGUUUUUACCCUGAGGUUACAGCACUGUCGUGUAUGUUCUGAUUGUGUUCAAAGCACACAGGCUUCAUGGAUACACCCAAGCUGUAAGAAUGAGCUGGAGAUUCUUCACACACCCUCAUGUGCUAUGUCAAAAGCAGAAUGAGAAGGCAGGUUAGUUGGCCUUUCUAUGUGCCCUCCCCUUGGGGUAUACAGUGUCUGUUCUCACACAGCCUUCAGAAACUGUGUCAAACAUCAGGGGCUGUUAAAACGGAUUUGGGUUGAGGCAUUUAUGAGCUAUUGAACGAACUCAUUCGGCCCAGCGUGGGAGGCUUGUUAAGAACCCAUUUUGUCCUCCUUGUUUGUGGGAAAUUCUGUUGUUUGCCAAAUGAAACAACUGCAAGUCAGUGCAAUGCCGUCACCACAUUUUAUGCCUUGCUUCUUUUUUUUUUUUCUCCCCCUCUGGAUGCCACACCUUACCUCUGAAACACCAUCCCACUUUGUCACUUGCACAAACUUGUCAAGUCUUUGUAACAGGUAAGUGUCACCUGUUCUGGGAAAUGUUGUUGCUUCACAGACACUGUUUAGGGAGCAUUAUAGGGGCGCAGGGGUUUGCCUUUUAUACUGUUGUGAAAGGUCAGAGCGAGUCAUCUGCGAGUCAUUGAUAGAUACAAUCAGCUGUGGGAGUAGCUGUCCUGGAUGGAAUAAAAAUAAGACCAUCCUGCCAGAAAAGACUUGAGUUUUUCCUCCGUUACCGUGGUAAAUUCACAGGUGAUCCAACUUUUUUUAUUUUUUUAUGAGCAGCGCUGUAAAAACCCUUAACUCCUACACAGUUUCAGUCCUCACUGUAUAGUGCCUUUCUAUGUGGGCGAGAUAGUCUCACACUAUGAGGUCCUGUAAGGUCACUCUUCAAAAACUAGUGCACAGAUAACGUUUUAUAGCUGAGAUUAACUCUAAAUAUACAGCUCGUUAAUGUUUUUUUUUUUCCUGGCACCUUAUCCUACAAUAUGUGCAGGCUGUGGAUCUUUUCAGAGAUGAACCUAUAUGCUAAAAUCUUUUCUCCGAGCCCCUCUUUGUUCCCCACUGACUCCCAGUCCUGGAAAAAUAGCUUAUUCUGUGGCCUUGUCGUGGCCCUUCAAGGCCCCUACAUGGGCCCCCUUUGGCCUCUCAUGGCCCCUGUUGAUGUCUUUAUCCUUUAUCCUCCUCCCACAGGCAGGCCAGAUGUUCGUCUGUGGGGCUGUGAUAAAAGAAAAAAGGCUUUCCAUUCCCACAGAAGUGCAAGGAAAGAGGUCGCAGCAGAGAGUGACACAUCUUAAGAGCCUCUUUUAGUGAUCUGAGGCAGUGGACAGCAGUAGUUGCGGCCCACGUGGAGCAUAUUUUGAUAAUUUCAAGCUACCUCAGAGGUUUUAAGGUUGCAAAAACCAAACAAAGGGUUUACUCUGCCAAAACUUGUGUCCUGUUUUCCAUCCAGUGUCCUCAAAUGUCCUUUUGUCAAAUUAGUGGCUGCGUCCUUUCAGCGAGCCCAGUCUGGUUACUUUCAAAAUCUCAUUUAUCCACCUUGCUUGACUUCGCCUUGCAACCCAUGUGACAGUUCUCUCAGAUAUAUUACUUAGGCUGUAAAGAUCCACACCUGGGCAAAGUAUUGCAUCACCCUUUUUCUUGUCAAAUAAACAGCUCUUGUGUCAGUUUUCCGGUCAUGAAACACUGUCUCGUUUAAAAAGAAGCAAAAAUGUUGUAAUGAAGACAGGAUGGCUGUAACUUUUUCAAAACAUGUAGUAGAAAAUGACACCAGGUUGCUAUUACAGAAAAAAAAAAAUCCAAAUAUAUUCAUAGAAGUAAAAACAAAAGCAUGUUUGCGUGCCUUUUUAAAUGUCAUUAAAGAGCUUUCUGUGUGUCCCCUACAACAGGAUAUGAAAGCUGUGGGACAACGGUCAGAGGCUCAAUGGGACUAUAGCCAUCUCCAUUGUUUAUGCCUUAUCUAUCUGCCUCAUUUCCUUCCCUGUUAGCACCCACUGUUUGUCUCCAUCUCAUUUCCUGAAUGCAGGGUCUCCAUAAACAGUGGGGGUGUCUGGAUAAUUGUAUCCAGAUUCUCCAUGAAUCAAAAGUUCCCUCAUAGUAGCCGGGACAUAUUUUGCACAAGUUUUAAAGACUGCAUGUUGGAUGUUUGGAGGGCUGUUGUUUUUCUGCUUUUGUGUGUGUGAUACUGAAAUUGUUGGGAAAGUAAGUUACCUUCCAUUGUUCUGAAAAGAGAAGCCGUGAGGAACACCUUUCUUCUUCUUUCUUCCAUGGCCUGCAGUGUUUUUAUUGUCACCGCCACUGUUUACUAAUUGGCUAGCUCCCUUGGACAGCCAGGUGUGACCCAGCCUCAAAUGUGACUCCACAUUCCUGCCUUUGGAGACUGUGUAAUUAGCUUCAACUCAAGCAUUUCUCAGCACAGCAGCUUUUCUCCCGCUCCUUUUGUCCGUGUAAGUAAGUCUCACCCCUCUCUCCCUCUUUCUCCCAACAUGAUCUUUAAUCCCUGCCUACACCUGGGGCUUCUCUCUACCACAAAGGCAAAUAUCCUCCUCAACACCAAACAUGGUAGAUCUUUAUGUUGUCUUUAAGGAGGAGGGGCAGAAUGGUGAGAGACUUAGUGCAAACUCAGGCCAAUGACAUCCACUGGGAGACUCCACGAUAGACUUUGCAUUAGAACUGUAGAUCUUGGUGCUGUCAUGUUUUUAGAACUUUUUGCUUUAAUACUUUGAUUGAUGAUCUAAUUCCAGACCAACCCAAACACCCACACGGACCCACCAUGAUCCCAAAUGAAUCAUCAGAGCGUGGCUGACCAGCAGGCCUCCCCAGCCAGCCGUCAGCCUUAUCAACAGACAGGGUCUUAGAGGGGAUUGGAAAACAGGAAGAACCUCCCGCACAGGGAAUAGCUGCUGGCACACUGUUUGUGUUUUCGUGUGGGUCUGUGUGUGUGCGCGCGUGUGUGUACAUACAUUAGUGUGUGUUUAAAUGUCCACCCAUGCAUGCGAGUGUGAGUUGGCACACUUUGUACAAUCCUGCAGCAGAAGUCGUUUCACUCUGAUUUUCGAACAGCUUUAACUAAAGAACUUUAUUUUUGUCGUUCAGCUCUGGCCCCACACACAGCUCUCAUUUUCUCAGCCAGUGCAGCAGGUACAAGCUAAGUGAAAAGAAAGUAUUUGGUUAGCUGGCUUACAACUACAGUGACUGAGAAUGUGCACUGUAAAUGCCACCCUUUGACCGGCUGAAUAGGCUUUUGUGCACCUCUUAAAUAACCUGGCCCACCAAAGGUAACCUGCUAUGAAACAGCCCCCCACCUCUCCGCUGUUAAACAGGUCAUAGUGUGACCUGCUAGUCACUUUUCAUGAAUACAGACUUGUGUUUGGCUGUUGGCCACUGGUAGUUUGUCUCCAAAUGGACUAAGUCCCGGGUGUCGGGGAGCGAUGCUGUGGAAUCUGUACUUGUGUGGAUUAUUUAUAGCCUUGCUGACAUUUACAGGGCUCUGGUCGGGGAAAACUCAAGGCUACACUGUCCUUUGAUUAUGGUAUUACCCCGUCUUUUUCAAGACAGGGAAAUGUCACCCUUUUAAUUCUUAAUGUCCGCACCUGGUGAUUUUCUCUAAAUGUUGGUCUGCAGACCUUUAAUUUGAUUUAGGUCUGUGAAAAUGCACUUUUAGGUGGUGACUCAUUCUCCAGAUGUAGUCCUUACCUCUUACUCGUGAAUUUAAGUAGUCUUACUUCUAAUUUUCAGUCUCCAGGCUGCUGACUUGACUACCAUGACCUUAAAAUGAAUCCGUGUUUUUCUGCACAGAUGUGUCACUCGGCUUCACAUCAUCUGCUGAACCUGAACUUCUUUCAACAACAACAACUCAACACCUGUCUCUUUUAGUUCUCCUGAUUGUUUGUCAAGUUUUGCCGCGUCUAAACUUCUUUUAUAAAGAAUCUGCAUAAAUCACUGCCAAACACAUCUGCUAUGUGAGCUGAUCUUUUAUUUUACAAACAGGUAGCUGUUAUUUGCUCGGUACACAUUCUGUCCUGGUAUUUGAAUACGGCCUAUCAUCAAAACAACAGGUGUAAAACCCCCUUUAAUCACACGUCACAUGUGUUUCAUUCCUUUGCUGCAUUGUCUUUUAUUACUCUACACUUUACACAAACGAGUCAGUGUGUGCAUGUGCCAGUGCUGGUUUCAGGCAGGCAGAAGUGAGUCUCGUCUUGUCCAAACAAACAGCUAAAUCCAGCGGCUUCUGUCUGGACAGAGAUGUGGGGAUGAUGUCAUUCUCAAUACUCUCACUAUGAGAAGCCAUACUGAUUAUUAUUACCACGGGAGUAUCCAAACCACUAAGAUAUCAACACUGCUCUGUUAUUACUAUUGGAGGUGUCAGAAGAUAUAAUGAACUGAUUGCAGCCAAAACCUCAAUUGUCAGUUUUCCAACAAAGAUUUUCCAUGAAUGAUACAUCUGACUCCUGGGGGACAGGAUUUGUUUAUUAAUAAUGAUUUAAAAAAAGGGGGAUUAAGUUUAACUUCUGUAAAUAAAGCAGAUUGGAUUGGAUUGGAUAAGUUUGCUUUGUCCAGAAGGGCACAAACCAAGAAACAAAGAUCCCACAGGAGUUUUAAAUGGUUUAGCUUUUCUCACCUUAGCUUGCCUGCAAACAAGAGGAAAUGGCAACACUAGAUCCAGCACCCACCAGAACUUCUGUAUCUAACCUGAAUCAUGUUUGGCCUCAUUUGUUUAAACUUAAAGCUCAUAUAAGAAGUUUUUUUGACAUGAAUGAAACAGACUGAAUUUCAUGUUGAUGCUUUUUUAUGAUAUCCGAAAAUAUUUGAAGCCAUCAGGAACAAGACUGAGGAUUUUUAGAUCCGGAUUUCUAACGGCUGAAACUGGUGUGAGAGGGUAGGUGAUCACUCGAGAAGCGGAGGAAACAACCCUCUCUUUGUUUUAGUCCUCUUAACUGGACCCAACGCUUUCAUGAGUUGUUCUCAUGUUUUCAUGUUUACUUCUUCAUACGCAAAAUAAACCAGCAGCUACUUCAGCUGUUUGUACUUCAAUUACCAGCAAGUUUUACAUCUGUUGCUGUAUUUGUGUUUGAACUAUUGUGAUAGCACUGCAAACACAACAUAAUCCACGUAUUGAGGCACGUCAAAGACGGCCACAAGUUGUUAUUCCUGUUUCUGCUUCAGUAUUUUGGUGAGUCAGCUUACUUCCAUUUUUCAACACAAAGCUUAGCUCAUCUGCCACUGACUAUUUAGCAUACAUAUGUGAAAGGAGCGUUGUUAUCAGAAAAAAAGUUGUAACCAUAGUGAGCAAAGUUGCCCUCUUCUUGCCCCCUUUUGGCCUGACUCCAGAGCAGGGUAGCAGGAGUAGACAAUCAUUAAUGUGGAUAUAUAAUUAGACAAGAGGAGUAGGAGGAGGAGGAGAACUCAGCGUCUACCAUUCAGGAACAUGCAAAGAAGCCUAGUUGAUGGAGAAACCCUGCUUCUCUGUAAUUACCCAGAAAGCCCUGGGGCGAAUCUAUGUGCACAACAGGAAUACCUUCCCUCCUCUCUGUGCCUACACUUCCACAUGUACACACACAGCGUCCCCGCGUAGCGCCAUGUGUCUGCAGCAUGGGAGGUCUUGAAGUCGUGGCCUCUGCCUUUCUCUGUACUCGAGGGGGAAACAGCCUUUUUAGCCCCCUGCACUUUUGACAGUCUCUUUAAUCAUCCAUACUUUGUUCUUUUUUAGAAGAAAUACCAGAGCGCCGGGUCAUAAUCAGCAAAUUAACAUCUGAUCCUUUGGGGACUUGUUUUCAUACAACACUGAGAAAUCUGAGGUUAAUGUCACAUAAAACAUGUGAACCAGUAUUUGCUCAAAAAUGUGCUUUCCAAAGGCCAGAUAGUCUUGUGUGGUUGUUUUGUGUAAUUCACAUGCUUGUAUUGUACCCCUGCUAGGAGCUCUUUUUACAGACUAAAGUGGUUCCCCAGUAGAGGAACCAGCGAUCAUGCAAAGUAGUCUAUAAAGAGCCCUACUGAGUGUUACACUUCCAAAGCAAGGCUGCAUUGCUUCUGUGCCAGGGGGUUCACUGUUGCAUACAGGAAGUGGGACCAAAGAGCUUAGGGAGGACUCGAUUGGGUUAUCUCUGGCCUGUUUUAUCUGUCCCGGAGUUUCUCCUGCUUCUCCUCCACAGCCUGUUGGCUUCAGACGGCUGUGUGAAAAGCGGAGGAGGGGUGUUUUUGGGACUGCCUAUCUAUGAGCUGGAACCAAAGAGUGUAGUGGGGAGUGGGAUAGGGGGUUGUCUGUUGAAUUGGAAGACAGGUCUGGUGCUCUUUUCUCCCCACUGCUGGAGCUUCCCAUCAUGCUUUGCAUGCCCCCUCACACAACUCUCUAUGGCCUUGGGUUUGGCGCCAGAUCUCUCACACACUUGCCAACAGCAACAAGUUUUUUUUUUUCUGUGAACGCUCCACCAUCGCUGGUUUGCUACUCAUACAGUUCCACAUAAAACAGAGAGGUAAAAUGUGUCAUGAGGGGAGCUAUGAUUUAUGUGUCAGAAACAUGUAAAAGGAUUUAAUUUGAUAGUGCAAAAUAACCAGACAAUAAAAAAGAGUCAAUGAAGAGCAUGAGCAACAUAAACCUGUCUUUACUUUUAUCAGGCAGAGGUUUGAACGUCCAUAAGCUCCACAUAUUGAAUUACUCUGAGUGUCUUUGAUUAUUUGUUCUAAUCUGCACAUGCCGACACAUAUAAACAGUGAGUUAUUUCAGCCUCGCCUCAUGUGCAUUAACAAUGUCUUCUGGGAAUCAUCUGUUUAUCAUCUGAUGUCUUGCAGGAUGUGAAAAUAUUCCGAGCUCUGAUCCUCGGAGAGCUGGAGAGGGGGCAGAACCAGUACCAGGCACUGUGUUUCAUCUCACGCCUCAACCGCAAUGAGAUCAUCCCCAGCGAGUCCAUGGCGCGUCUCAGACAGGUACUGCACAGGCCACAGCUAAGCAGCAGUAAUGUCUAUUUUUUAUAUAAGCAUGUUGCAAUCUUGAACCUUCUUUUCUCCUCUUGGUGUAGAAAAACCCUCAGGCCAUUCGCCUGGCAGAAGAGCGGAGAGGACUGGAGCAGCUGACAAUGAGCGCAGCAGUCAAUCUAACUCAGGCCUGGCAGCUCAGCUCGCACAUCCACAACAUGUGCAGCGAGGCACGGGAGGCUAUCUACACCAGAGAGGCUGAUGUUAAACACUGGCUGGACAAAGGUCAGAGGUCACCUUAUCUUUGUUUAUCAUGAGGACUAUCAUAACUUCUGCUGUUGUUUUGAUCAUGAUGUCUACCCACUCCUCUACCCUCCUUCUCUCUGACACUUCCUAUCUCUAUCUCCCCUGUUUCUCUCACUUCAAGAACUUUUACUGCUUUAUCAUAGUGAUAUCACUCAUGUUUUAUCUUUGACUUAUUGGACCUCUGUUUGGUUGGUGGAAAAUAAGGGGAUAUCACCAGUGAAAGUUAUCCUCCAUCACUUCUACCAAAAAAACUUUUACUGUAAAAAGCCAACAGACUUCAAGAGGUCAAUAUUUCAACUUUAAGAUAGUCCGCACAUGCACGGUUAGAUCUGCCGUUAUCAACAAUCUUGGCAGGGAAUCAGCAUGAAAUUUGUCUUUCAUGUGAUCACAAACUUUUAUAAUUAGUAAAUUUAGUUUUUUUUUUUAUCACAAAUUGUGAGAUUACAGUCAAUCAGGCUGUUUGAAUCACAAAGCAUGUACUUUCACCUCCGUUGUCACAUGCUCAUUUGGAAGUUUACCUCUGCUAAAAACCUUUGUAUUGUUAUUGCUGGUGAGAUCAUUUAAUUCCUUUUAACAUCUGAGAUCUGAGCAGAGGUCUAACUCACCACUGGGCUUGUUCCUACGGAGGUUUCAAGUGUUGGCAUUCAAGAAUAUUUCAAAACUAUUAAAUGGGCGCGGUUCUCUUAAAUUUUGGAGAUUAUGAUUGCACAACCCUCACUCUUGGACGUACACCUGGAUUGAGAACAUAUAACUUUAAAUGAACUGUAGGCCCUUUUAAAGUUGGAUUAAGUAUGUACGUAGCAAUGAAGUCCACAUUACUGCAGCUGAGGAGAAUCCUUAUGACAGCAGUAUUGUCCACUGACAGCACUGUUGUGGAGGAAACAAUGUUGAUGGUCAUGCUUCACCAAGCACUCCGUACCAUUAUCAGCGGAUGGAAUCACAGUAGCAUCUCCUUUGCAUAACAAAGCUGCCCUUUUUACCGCACCAUCUCCUCUCUUUGGAGCCACUCUGUUCCCCCUCUCCAGUUCAAUUCAGACUCUAAUUGAGUGAAAUCACACAGAGAAUGAUAGCUGUCCUUUGUUUUUAACCCUCUGCUAAUAAUGCACCCUCUCAUGUCUGUGUCACAGGAGUGGAUGGCUCCAUAUUUGAGGUCCUGCCCCAAACGACAGAGGUUCCCAGCUUUCAGGCCUGUCACUCUACUAAAGACUUGUGGCAGCCGUGUCUCUGCACAUACAGUUUGCGUCUGGAGUGGUACCCGUGUCUACUGAAAUACUGCCGCAGCCGGGAUACCACAGGAAGAGGCUCGAACUACAAGUGUGGCAUAAAAAGCUGCAGCAAAGGCUACCAUUUCACUUACUACGUUCCCCAAAAACAGCUCUGUCUAUGGGACGAGGAGACCUAACAUUUGACUAAAAAGGAGAAAAACUGUUUUCCUCUUUCAGCCAAGCCAGUGUCUCCCCACCCAAGCAAUUCAAAGACAGCUCAGUAACAUUGGACCAGAGUUUAUAUGAUGCUCAGUGAAGCAGGUGGGGAGUUAAGGCAAGCAGAUGUUUAAGCUGAAGCAGAAAAAACAUUCAGGUUCAAAAUGAGACCAAAUCCUUAAGGAGGGUGAGACACAGCUCACCGUUCAAAGACUAUUCACUGACUUUAUGUGACUUUAACAAGAAGCUGUCACUCCUGUGCCUUUGUUACCCUGAGCAAUUAUUAGAGCAGAUGAUAACAACAAAAACCUCUCAAACAAGCUGCGAUGUACACCAAGCUGGACACUGCAUUUCUGGGCUGAAAAACACCAGCAGGGGAACAUCAAGAGUCUGCUUCUGAUCAGAAGAGCUGUACAAACAUGAUCUUUCAUUCUGGUGAAGGAUGAUAUGAACAGUUGAUUUUCUCUUUUUUCAUAUCUCUGAGAUGAACUGUUAAGAGCUGGCUUAAUACCACGUUUGUUCUACUAUAUAAGCUGGCCAACAACAAAAUUCCUCUCCAAUGCGGGCUUUAUUUAUUGAGUUGCAAAUUGAAAUUAUGGAGGAGUAUUUUUAUAUUUUUGUGACAUAUGACUCAGCCUAUCUUUUUGAGUUAAACAAGCUCUUAAAGUCACACGACUUCACCACAGGUCCUCAGUAACAAGACAGUUUUUGAUGUUGCUUUAAGGCUCAUCGUAACUUCAUGCUACUGCUCUGCCAAGUUUUCAAUAGUGUACAGACAGUGUGCAUAAGAAGUUGUACUAUUUUGUGAAAUUUGACAGUUUUUAUUUCCCGACCAGUAACCAUGGGGGGAAUCUUAUUGCUUACCAAUCAUGUCCACAGUCUGUUAAAAAGUUUCAAACCAAAGUCAGAGGAAAUACUGUUAAAGAAGGGUGUACUGUCACUCAAAGUGUGUUGCAGCGCCGCCUUUUCAAUAAUCUCUACUGCCAUCUGCUGGUUAAACAGUGUUCCUAAUGCUCUGUAUUAGCCAAAAGCCAAUGCAUUGGUUUUUGAUUUUUAUGUCAAUAGCUAAGAGUUUAUAAUUUAUACAUUUUGUAUCCCUGCCUGAUCAUGUUUUCAUGCAUAAGCGCUUCUUGAACUUGUGGGACCAAAUUUCAGUUUGUGUGUAUGUAAUCUAAGUAACAGGUUGAAGUAUAAUUUUGGUCUAUCUUACCUCCAUCUUCAUCUCAGUCUGGACUGCCAUGUCAAAUGUUCACUUUUUUUCUCUGUGUUUGUUUGUUUGUCCUGGUUACUAAAGAACCAAAUGAGUGAAACUUUCUAUUUGUGGCCUUUUCUGGUGAUCAAGUGCCUUAACAUUUCCACUGAUGUAUUUGCUUUGUAAUUAUAGGAUAGGUUCUUUAAAAUAUUUUUUUCUAUGAAAGAGUUCUGAUUUUGUCGCAAAAGUUUUCCACAAGGAGAAAUUGAAGCAAUUAGGCGAUGUACCUACAAUUCAAUAGUGCUGUUUUACAAACAUUGUUUCAAUAAAGUCUUUCUUUGCACUGCA